AUGUUGGCGGCAUCCCUCUGUAUUGACGCUACUUGCUUGCUAGAUUGCUCUGCUAGCACCGCGAAUAGUCUAGCCCUUGAUCAGCACGUCUCUCCACGCCGUUGGCCUCGUCCCCAUUAUUGGCGCAGCUCGGCCGCCCCCUGUCCAGACUCGAUGCCUCGUCCCAUGGUUGACGUCAACCAAGAGCGAGGAUGCGACACUGUUGCCGUCCACCUUUUUGUUACUAUCCCGUCGUUGUACCUGUUAGCAAGCUCGCAUCAUCGAAAACCAUUUUAUCAAAGCCACAGCGUACUCUAA